ACCACGACAGAGCCGUACAGACGAGCUAGAGGCUAACAACUUCACUGAAUAUCGGUUGUAAAUAGUCCGUAUAAAACCCACCAGUCCUACUGGAGUUUUAUUUGAACUUUGUGAACAUUAAUACUGGACCUACAGGACACUGCUGGGCUGAGGAGGACUCGAGCCUGGAACGUUAAUGCCCAGAAUUAAACAUUUCCAACUCGGCAGCUAGCAGCUAGCAGCCAGUCGUCACUGAACAUUCAACAGCCAGCGUUGUCCUUCCUUCCCGUUGGCCAGCCAGACGACCCAAACACGAAACAAAGAUAUGCAGUCGUCAGAGCAGCGCUGACAGGCCAGACUCUGGUUUAACACUGCCAUGGAGUCCUCCUCUGAGUCCCAGCAGGAACCUGAGAAAACUUUGCAUCAUGCAGAGUUGAGAGAACAUCAUGCCACCUCCGCUGCUGUAGUGUGCGGGGAUGACACCGUCCUUCUGACCCCAGGCAGGAUGAGCCAGCGUCAGGUGAAGGAGCGAGACAAAGAGAGGGAGAAGGAGAAGGAGGCAGGCCUCCAAACGCCCAACAGGGAGCACGUAGCCAGCCCCUCCACCCUCAGCCCAGGGGUCAGCUACACCCACGGUUUCGAGAGAGGGAAGGAGGACCUCUUGCCACUGCCUUUGAAAGAAGACUCCCAUUCCAUAUCUAAGAGCAAGUCUGAAACCAAGCUGUACAAUGGCUCAGACAAAGAUGUGUCAGCAUCUGGGGGAAAGCUCACCAAGAAGGAGUCCCUCAAGGUGCAAAAGAAAAACUACAGGGAAGAAAAGAAGAGGGCAACCAAGGAGCUGCUCAGCACCAUCACAGAUCCUUCUGUCAUCGUCAUGGCCGACUGGCUAAAGAUCCGCGGCACUCUGAAGAGCUGGACCAAGCUGUGGUGCGUUCUGAAACCAGGCGUCCUGCUCAUCUACAAAACCCACAAAAAUGGCCAGUGGGUGGGAACGGUGCUGCUCAACGCCUGCGAGCUGAUCGAGAGACCCUCCAAGAAGGACGGCUUCUGCUUCAAGCUCUUCCACCCGCUGGAGCAGUCCAUCUGGGCCGUCAAGGGUCCUAAAGGAGAAGCGGUGGGCUCCAUCACUCAGCCGUUACCCAGCAGCCACCUCAUCUUCCGUGCUGCUUCUGAGUCUGAUGGCCGAUGCUGGAUGGACGCCUUAGAGCUGGCCCUGAAGUGCUCCAGCCUGCUGAAGAGGACCAUGAUCCGCGAGGGGAAGGAGGACAUGAGCACCGUCACCGCUGGAGAACACUCCAUUAAUUUCUACAGCCUCCUCCGAGCCCACAACAUGCACGGUUUCCAGUUCAACGACAGUGACCAUUUGAAAGACCCGGACCUGUACUCGGACAAGUCAGACAGGGAGGGCGAGCAGGAUCACGAGGAGUCGGACCCAGAGGGGCUGGAGAAGAGCGAGGAGAGCGACAGCGACACAUCAGAGCGUCAAGACGACUCUUACAUCGACCUGGACCCUAACGAACACCUGCGGGAAACCCCGUACCUGGAACAGUCCCACGAGGAACUGGGAGAGGCUGGUGAGGCCUGCCAGACAGAGACAGUGUCAGAGGAGAAUAAGUCUCUGAUCUGGACACUACUGAAGCAGGUGCGGCCCGGCAUGGACCUGUCCAAAGUGGUGCUGCCCACUUUCAUCCUGGAGCCGAGGUCCUUUCUGGACAAACUGUCUGACUACUACUACCACGCAGACUUCCUGUCAGAGGCUGCGGUCGAAGAGAACGCCUACAACCGCAUGAAGAAGGUGGUGAAGUGGUACAUCUCCGGGUUUUACAAAAAGCCGAAGGGGUUGAAGAAACCUUACAACCCCAUUAUCGGAGAGACGUACCGCUGCAUGUGGCUCCACCAACAGACCAACAGCAAAACCUUCUACAUCGCAGAACAGGUAUCCCAUCAUCCUCCAGUGUCGGCCUUCUACGUCAGCAACAGGAAGGAUGGAUUCUGCCUCAGUGGUAGCAUCCUCGCCAAGUCCAAGUUUUACGGUAACGGUGCCAAAGAGGAAACACAAGAGUGAUAAACCCAAGAGCCCCGAAAGCGGAUGCUCUUCACCCGAACCCGACCGCCAAGACUCAUCUGGCAGCGAACGACACAAAAGCAAACAUAACAGUCGGCUGAGGAAAAAAGGAGCAGACCUCAGUGAACUUCAAAGUGCCAUUGAAUCCAUAAAACAGACGCAGGAGGACAUUAACAGGAGCAUCAGCGUGCUGCGGAGUCGUGCGGCAGGCCGGGUGGAAGGCGGCUCCUUCCUCCAGCAGCGCGACUACGUCAUCAUCAUUUUCCUCAUCCUCCUUCAGGUCCUGAUCAACUAUGUCUUCAAGUAGCAGCCAUAACCCCACAGAGAGAGUGGUACACUCACACACCCACAGACACACUCUCUGAACAUUGGGUGUUACAGUGGAGGACAGUCUCGUCUUCCCUGUCUUUAUUAAAUCCAACUACACACGUCCAGAAAAGCAGAGACUACCACACAAAAAUAGACUUAAAAAAAAAAACUUAUUUAUUUUUAACCAGUCCAUUCCAAAAUUUUGGAAAGAUCCACAGAUUUCAAAGCGGAGAAUGAGCCCAGAAGGAGAAGUUGUUGGAGUUUGAUGUGAUGAAGUCUCGACUGCCACUCUGGAGGUUAUCGAUUUGCCUUUGACGUAAGAGGCGAAGAAGACAGCGGCCAUCUGUAGCUGCUGUUUGUUUCCUUUGUGAUUGAGUGAAACCACUCUGUUGAUUCACAUUUCACCUCAAACAACAGGGAACCUUUUAACAUGGAUACGAGAACCACGACUCAGAUGGUAACACAGAUUUUAAAAAAAGAAACCUUUAAUGUUUUAAUGGUUUUUUUAAAUUGUUUUGUUUCUUUGCUUGGUGUGUCCUUUAUGAAUAGAAGUCUGCUCGGGACAAAGGCGUUGAUAAGGGAGAGAAAAACAAAGUGGUCCAAUCUGUGUGACUUUUAUUUUUUAUUUUAUUUUUUUAUCAGAAACUUUCAUAUCAGCUGGGGUUCCCAAAAGUGGAAAUGGCCGAGGAAGACAAACACGGGAUAUUGUCAAAAGGAACAGAAGCUAUAAUUUCUGCUGUAUAAUAUAACUCCACCUUUUGCAUACAAAGUCAAUGUUUAAAAAAAAAAAAAAACAAACAAACAAAAAAAAAAAAGUCAGAUGUUUUAACAUUGUAUAGGUAGCAUGUACAGCUAGAGGAGCGUGGUUAGGAAAUUAGCCCUGUACAGUAUUCGGUCUUAAGGCACAAACGCACUGGAAACGUCCAGUGUUUUUAUCAACAAUGUGUGCUUACAGUGGACGUCACUAUCAACAUUUCUGCUCUGAGGAAGUUUGGAGGAUCGAAGGGCCAAAGAAGAUGAUUUUUGUGAUGUUUCAUGAGCUAGUGACCACUGCCGUUGAUUCAAGUAAAGGGACUUGAUGUAUCAUUUUAAUCAAAGUGUUCUUAGCGAGAUGUUGGAUAUGGAUUCAGCAAAGCUAAGUGAGGCAGUCUAAAAACUGCCCUCUUGGAGCUAAAGACAGGUUGAAGGAGUAGUUUCAUAUUUGGGUAAUGCUUUUAUUCAAUUUCUUGCUGAUUUAUUAGAUGAGAAGGUCAAUACUACUCUAAUAUCUGUCCAUUUAAUAUGAAGCUAGACCUAGCAGUGGCUUAACUUAGCUUAGCAUAAAGACUAGAAAGAGGGGGAAAAUGCUAGUCUGGCUCUGUCAGGUAACAAAAUCCACCCAGUCUUUAUGCUAAGCUAAGCUAACCAACUACUGGCUGUUAUAUUUAACUUUGUGAUUACUAUACAGAGGUAUCAAUAUUCUCAUUUAACUCUCAGCAAGAAAGUGCAUUUUCCAAAGCAUCAAACUAUUCCUUUAAAAAAUGUUAUUUCAGAGCUAAGUUAGCUGCUAUGUGGACCUAAAACGAAAGCCGUUUAGACUAGCUGGUCUACAGGAUGGUCUUCAAAUUUCAAAACACACAUCAGACCUAGCCAUGAGAGGAGAAACUUGUCACACUCCUUCAUGGCAAAAUGAAAUUCAGAGCAUCAAUCAUAGCUUCCAGUGCUUUUGCGCCUCAGAUGUUAACCAGGAAAUGUAGAAAUAGACAAUUUAGCAAGCUACUAGUGAGAGGAGGAGAUAGACUUUUUCUAAAUAUUACUACCACCAUAGUAAAUCAUUCCAAAUGUACGCAAGUACCAGCCAAACUCAGUGUGUAGAGUAGUAGUCGCUCCUGUUCACUGUGUAAAUAUCUAACGGGAAGACUCGUUCCUCGCAAGUAGCGCGUGGUGUUCCAACACCAAGGUUUCGCAAUAUAGACACUCCCGCGCUCUGUGCACAAGCCAGUCUCUUGAACCCAGUGUGUCUUUCUGUCCACUACUCUUUAGAUACACAUGGAUGAGAACCAGAUUAGUGGGGUGCACACUCAGACUCCUAUCAGAAAUGUAUCCACAUGACCUCAAGUUGUUGCAGUUAUUUAGCAGUAUUUAUUAAUUUCGCAGCUUUAGUUCCAAUCUGUCGCCUUCGUAUUUAGAAGUAUGGAUUUUGAAGUUCAGAACUAAAUGGCAGAUAUAAUCAAGCCUGAAAAUUGACAGGCUUAUGUGGACCACAACUUGUGAGGACCAUGACUUGUGAGGACGCUCAUGAGGACCAUGACUUAUUAGGUUCAUGACUUAUGAGGACCAUGGCUCAUGACGUCCAUGACUUAUGAGGACCAUGACUAAUGAUGACCGUGGCUCAUGAUCAUUAUGACUUAUGAGGACCGUGGCUCAUGAUAACUAUGACUUAUGAGGACCCUGGCUCAUGAUGACUAUGGCUCAUGAGGACCCUGGCUCAUGAUGACUAUGACUCAUGAGGACCCUGGCUCAUGAUGACUAUGGCUUAUGAGGACAGACUAAGUAUAGUACUGUUCCAUAGAAAAACAAACUCUAGUCCCAACAACCUCGUUUGUAUAUUAAAAAGUUUGGAAAGUGAAACUAAACUUCAGCUGUAUCCAUUUUCAAUGAUGAAGGCAACAUAUUAGACGCCACACCUGACCCUUUUACCACACAGUCCGUCAGGAUUUUCUCUUAAGAUGCAAGUAAUUGAAAAUAUAGACGCAACAAUUUGAGGCCAUUCAAAAAGUUACAAACCACUUAUGGACAAUAUCUGAACAUUGAUUUUGUAUCUCUCUUCGCCUGUCAUGAUGUUAGCCUUGUCAAUGUUUACAUAUCCGGUUGCCUCCGCCGUCAGCAGACUGUUAAGCGAUGAAAACUUUGUAACGCUAACACAGGUAAUAAAGAAAGACUGGUAGCAUUGUCGGGAGCCAGCUGCACCCCCGUGAGUUACCCGGCUGGCCCGUGUGUAUCUGUAUGUGUAUUAUUGUGUAUCCUCAUUGCCUCGAUCGCUCAUCUAAAUAUAGAAUCCAGAUGUUAGAAUGUGGAGAAAUAAGUAUAUACCAGUGCCUUCUAGAGUUGGACUGGGGAGGGGGUGUAGAUAAGGGGUUAUAGGGAGGUGAUAGGAGGGUGGCAGGGAUGUGAGGGGGGUGGCGGUGUGGAGCAUACAGACGUGGCAUGAGUCCCAUUCUUAAAAUGAGGGGGAUGAUCAGGAAUAUAGGCGUUGUUGGGACUGGGACUCCGGCUGCGGCUGUAGUCACUGUAGUGUUUUAGAGCGGACGUGCCAUACGAAGCCUUAGAAUCGAGUCUGACUCCGGCUCCACAACUCGCAGCCCCACCCGGCUCCUGCCUUCCCACCAGAAAGCGUCGCCAUAGUAACGCACCCGUAGGUUUCCGGAUGCUGAUUCCUGCCACAAGAGAGAGGGAGCGAGAGAUCACUCCACUCCAUUGUCGUCUUUGUCUCUCUUUCUCACUCUCUCUCUCUCACACACCAAAAUUCAGAGGGAAAUAAACAUCUCUGCUGUCUGUUGUUGCUGUUUCUGUAAAAUAAUACAUUUUAUUUAUUCCUCUUUUGUAUGUGAGUUGUUAAUUUUUUCUGCUUGUAGCAUUAGACCACUGUUCUCUUUUCUUUGUUUUUUUCAAAACUGAUUUUAAAAUUUUUAAAACAGUUGGUUUAAUUCCACUCCUCGUUACUCGACGGCACACACAAGCGACUGUCCUCAACUUGUGCACACUUGCCACUGCCCCCCAACCUCCUAACACACACACACACACACACACACACACACACACACAAACAACAACAGUACACUUUUUCCUAUCAGAGUACAUGAAUAUAUUUACUGUAUCCCAAUGGCAACUAUAACUUCCUGGAAGUUUAUGGUCACAUGUAACAUAACACAGAAUAAAAACAAAUGACAACCUGA